CAAGUUGGUCUCCUCCACCAUCCAGGAUGUCUGCGAACAUGAAGAAGCAAAUUGCCAAAGUCAAUGCUUUAUCUCACUCACUAGACGAAUUGGAAAAGACACUGGAGCCGUUACUCUCCAAGCCCUUGCCAGAUACACUUAGCUCGUUGGAUACCCUGCAACAGGCAAAACUUCAAGUCGUAUUACCAUAUCUUAUAAAUGACCUCGUCUUUAUAUAUUUGAAGACAAGAGGUAUAGAUCCAAAGACGCAUCCAGUCGUUGCUGAACUUGACCGGGUUCGUCAAUAUUUUGGUAAAAUCAAGGAUGCAGAGGAGUCCAACAAAAAGAGAACGACAGAGGUCGACAAAGCUGCCGCUGGACGUUUCAUCAAACACGCAAUUUCCGAAGCUCGACAAAGUGCCACCGCUGCAGCUCAGCCAAAGGCAAGCGAAGCUGGACCUUCGAACGCACCGUCACAACAAUCACCACCAUCGACAUCAGCACACGCACCCAUCCGCGUAACAGACAAAAUGCGCGAAAGAGAAGAGUACCAACGAAGACUCGCAGAAGAAUCCGAUAGUGAAGAACCUAAUUUAGAGGUUAUUGACGAUGUUACUGAGGAAAAGAUUAGCGAAGUAACAGUAAAGAAGGGGAAGGGAAAGGAGGUCGUUAACCUGGAGGCCGAGGUCACUCAGACAGCUCAGGAACUUAGCGAGGUACAACCCGAAUCACAUAAGAGGAAGAAACGAAAACGUCCAAUGGAUCCAUUUGGCCCCAACGAAGAUGCUCCUACACCAAGUCCGAACGACAAGCCCAAGAAGGGGAAAAAGAAAAAGAAAACUACAUCAGCUAUUGAUACCGACGCUGCAGCAGACAGUCGAGCCAACUCUGACCCCGAUGCUCCCAAAAAGGAAUCGAAAUCAAAACUGAAGAAGGUUAAAGGAUAG